UCCUUUGUUGCUAUGGUAACCUUCCACAUCCCCCAAAUUGCCCCUUUAUAUGGCAGAUGGGUGGUCCUUUUUCUUUUCUUCAACAAGGCCAGUGCUCACACAGAGCUUGUUGUUCUGUUGUCUCUAUCUCUUUCUCCCUUUCCUUCUUUUGUUGCUGGUGUGUUUGCUGGAGAAUGGAGAAUGGCUGGAGACCAGAUGAUAGCAAAUUGAUCUGGCCGGUCACAGAUGGAGAUGUGUGAACCGAGCCUGAGUGGCUCAGGCCUCCGAGUGUCACGUUUCUCUCGGCCCUCCUGAAGUGUGGUUAUCCAAACAAUACAUUUGUACCCAGACGUCCCCCUUGUUCUCUUCCCUUCAACACAUAUGUAUUAUUAAAGUGUCAAAUGCGGUACGUGAUGCAGAACGUAUCCGCCCUUAUCAGAAAAUGCUCUGCUGCAAAGCCAGUAUCAAAAAGAGGAAGUGCUACCUUCUUCUCUGCCACAUCCUCUCAUUUGUGCUUAUCUUCCCUUUUGCCCCUGUGACAUGUUAUUUUCUUUUAAAGCAGCGGUUUGAAAUUGAGUGCAGUCAGACCUUUUGCGUUGAUAGAAUUCACAAGAGCUUUCCAUUCAGAUUGAGUGCAGCCCAACACUUCGGAUAUCGCUGUUUUGACAGUUUGUGGAGUUGACAUCAGUUAAGGAAGUCAAUUCAGCUGAAGUCACCCGAUUCUGUCGAGUCGCUCUCAGAGUGCUGAAGCGCAGUUGACUCCUCUUGACUUGUCUUCGAGAGGAGCGAUGGAGGCCGACAUCUUUGAGUAUCACAAAGAAGAGGACACUGUGGACACUGAGUCAUUCCAGGGAGAGAAGAGGAAAAUCAUUCAGCCAGCUUCUUUAAAAGACCCCAAACUUGAAAAGCUAAAACAGGCACUGGUUGAUUGGAUCAAUAGCACUUUAAACCGGGAGCACAUAGUGGUUCAGAAGCUGGAGGAGGAUCUGUUCGAUGGACUGGUGCUUCAUCAUCUGCUGUCCAGGUUGGCCGGCGUGCACUUGCCUGUGGAGGAGAUAGCUUUGACCAGCAGCACUCAGAUCCACAAGCUGGGAGUGAUCCUGGAGGAUUUGGACAAGAGACUGGGUCUGCAGGACAGCAGCCAGAUCAAAUGGAAUGUCAAACUCAUCCACAACAAAGACCUUCUGGCCACUAUUCAUUUGCUGGUUGCCAUGGUGAGAUGUUUCCAGCCUGAACUGGAUUUGCCGUCAAAUGUGAAGGUUGAAGUUGUGGCUGUGGAAGUCAGCAGGAGCGGGAUCAAAUCAGAUGUACAGACAGAGGUCCUAACGGAGGAUAGUGACACAGGCCCAGGCUCCCUCAGCAAUACUGAAAGGGAAGAUCCCAUUGAGCAGCUGCUGAAGCUUGAGGCUCACAAGGUCAAUACGGUGAAGAAGGCCAUUUUACACUUUGUCAACCAGAACAUGUUAAGCAUGGGUCUGCAGGUGGCUGAUAUGGACAAACAGUUUGCUGAUGGUGUGAUUCUGUUGCUGCUGAUUGGACAGUUGGAGGGCUUCUUCAUCCCACUCUAUGACUUCAACCUGACCCCUGUCAAUCAUUCUGAGAUGCUUCACAAUGUAAACUUGGCCUUGGACAUCCUGAAUGAUACGGGCCUGGAAAUGUCCAGUGUUGACCCACAAGAUAUUGUCUCUCAGGACGUCACUGCCACCUUGAAGAUCCUCUACGCCCUGUUCAAGAAGCACAAGGGGAAGUGAGAGUAGACGGAAGCUUGAAGAGGAAUUUACCUGCUGGAAAUACAAGCUGAAAACCAGUGGAGUCUUUGGUCAGCCUGUGAUUUCCUCUGUUUCUAAACUAUUGCAAAUACUGUAGAUCUAAUUAUUUAAAGUAUGAAGUUGUUUAUUUUUAGAUAUUUGGUUGAUGCGCAUAAGUUAAUUUUAAAUAAACGUGCAAGAAGCCCAAGUAUCAUUAACAACUCAAGUAUAAUCAACACAGCAGUGUCUAAAGGCCCAGCAUUUAUGAUGGCCAUGAUCCAUUCAUCCAUCCAUCCGUUAUCCAUACCACUUAUCCUUAAGGGUCAUUGGGGGGCUGGAGCCAAUCCCAGCUGACAUUGGUGGAGAGGCAGGGUACACCCUGGACAGGUCACCUGUCUAUCACAGGGCCAACAUACAUAGACAAACAUGAUGACGGCAUUUUGGAGCAAGAUCAAUUAAUUUAAAAAUUAAUCCACAUGUUUUUUUCACUGUGUAUUUUAUGAAGAGAGGUGGAUACAAAGCCAGGCUACCAACAAGGCAAAGUGGACACAGAUGGAUAAGUGGGCAACUACUUCAGGAGGUCCCAAAAGCCUAAGGCUGGUUGUGUGUAAAUAAGUUAUAUUUCGAUUAAUUGCAAAAUUGUGUAGGAGUUUGCACCACAGUAAAAUCAACUGAGGUAGGCUCUCCAUUAUUGCGUGUUCUUGUGACCAUGUCUUUUGGCCCCAGGUGGGUCCCCUGUUUCAAAAUCUAGACUUAGGACUUUAUUUUAGCCCAUAUUGUGCUCAUGGUGCAUUUGUUAAUAAAUCUGUCUUUUGCUGUGCCACCUUAUGGUCCGAGUGAGCACUAAGUACUGUCUGCUUUCAUGGUAUUUUUAAAUCUUGUUAACAGUGUGAGGACAAAAAAGUGUUAAAGCAUAUGAAUAUUCCACAUUGGGUUUUCAUUCAAAGAAAUAAUAUAUGGUGUGGAUGCUUAACCCUGGAUUAUUUCCUGGUAAUUUGCUGGGUUUUUUUCUCUCAUUAUAUUUCCUUUUCAAUCUGACACUGCUGCAACAUAGCAGUUUUCAUUCUUACUAUACAACUCCCCCGUCCUUGACUGCCACUUCUCAAUAAACAAUGUGAAAUUUU